AUGCCUCUGUUGAUACCAACGAGGAUGAGGCCGCUCUCAAGCUUGUGGCCAUCGCUGCUAUCCCAGGUGGCGGCUCGCGCGUUGCCUACCACAGUGGCGAAAAUCGGCAGCACUGCCAAGGUCCCGGUCCACGACUUCGCCGAUAUCUAUGCCGACAAGGAUGGGUUCGUCAUCCUCGGCACGAGAGACGCCGAGGGCGGCGGUACCCUCAACUGUGGUAACCCGAGCAACCUGUGCGGUUCGGCUCCUAGUCCGGCCGUUCCGUGCUAUGACAUGUAUAUGAUCCGCUAUGACGGCACGAAGGAGUCGUGGGCCACGAAGCUGACGUCUUCGAGUGCAUCGCUGCCUCCCUACUCGUCGGGCAAGACUGGCCCUGACGUGUACAUGAUCUGGUGGUACGCUCACCACGGCCGUAUCGCGUCCGACGGCAAGAACUGGGCUGCGUACUUCGGUGCCGCCAUCUCCACGUCGGAGGGUGGCUGCAUCAACAUUCACCAGGGUGACCGCAUGAAGGUGGUUGACGCUACGGGUAAGAUCACGGCGGACGAGGACUCGUUCGACUGGGGUUGCUCGCACUCGGCUUACGAGCGUAUCACGUACGACAACCGCACGGACAGCUACGCGACUAUCUGUAAGACGGACAGCAACAACCGUAUCAUGCCGCCUAAGGACUGGGACACUACGAUCUACCCGGUUGACCUGGGUGCUGCCAACCUGGGAGACAUCGUGCCAGACUCUGUUGCCUCUAGCAAGAAGUACUGGGCUACGGUUAGCAACGGCAACGGUGACAACGCCAAGGUGCACCUGAUUCACUUUGCCAUGAACGCGGCUGCCAGCGAGGACAUCACUCUGGGCGGCACGGACGCCAACGAACGUGCGCCUCACCUCGCGCAGAUCGGCAGCGGCGGCAUGCUGGCUGUGUGGGAGGGCAGCUCGUCGGGCGGCGACUUCAUGGAGGGCGGUGACCGCACGAUGUACGCGCAGGUGCUGGACGCCUCGACUGGUAAGACCAUCAGCGACAAGGUGACGGUGGACAAGUCCGUGGUGGGCAACCGCUACCAGGCUCUGAAGACGUAUCCGGACGGCAGUGUUGCAUACCUAUCGAAGGGCAAGACGGACUCCUCGCUGCAGGUGGUGCGUUCUACGGCUGCUAAGUGGAUUUGA